UCAUCAUGAUGUCUGCUACUCGUAUCGGACAACGGCUCGCCCGUCAGUCUCGUCGCUCCCCCAUCACCCUUCAACCUCGCCUCACACAAACAAUUCGUCUCAAUGCCGUCUCAUCAAGGGCAUUCUCAGUCACAGCCACCACCCAGGCUCCUCGCUUCGUCGAGUCCCAGAGCAGUACCAAACUGCAUGAGCAUGAGCUCUUCUCAAGGAGGCACAUCGGCAGCGAGUCGAGCGAGCAAACAGAAAUGCUCAAGAUGCUCGACCCUCCCGUGAGCUCCAUGGAGGAGUUCCUCGAACAGACUAUCCCCCCGCAGGUCAGGAGGAAGCAAAAGGGUCUUAACCUCGUUGAGCAGUGGUACGAGGGCGGCGCCGAAACCGCUGUCCCUGUUAAUGGUCGCACCGAGCACUACAUCCAGAAGGAGAUGCGCAAGCUCGCAAAGAACAACAAGGUUUACGAGUCUUUCAUCGGUGCUGGUUACUACGGAACUCUUGUUCCUGCUGUUAUCCAGCGCAAUGUUCUCGAGAACCCUGCUUGGUAUACCAGCUACACUCCCUACCAGGCUGAGAUCAGCCAGGGUCGCCUUCAGUCCCUCCUCAACUUCCAGACUCUCAUCACCGAUUUGACCGGUCUUGACAUUGCCAAUGCCUCUGUUCUCGACGAGGCUACCGCCGCUGCCGAGGCCAUGACCAUGUCAAUGGCCAACGCCCCCAAGGGCAAGGGCCAAAAGACCUUUGUCGUCUCAGAGAACUGCCACCCACAGACCAUCUCCGUCCUGCAGUCCCGAGCUGAGGGCUUCAACAUCAAGCUCGUCAUUGGUGAUGUUCUUGCUGAUAACUCUAAGCUCGUCCGCGAAGUCGAGGGUGACCUCAUUGGCACUCUGAUCCAGUACCCCGAUACCCACGGUGGUGUCCACGACUACCAGGCCCUCGCCGAUAUCGUCCACGAGAAGAAGGCUCUCCUCAGCGCAUCUACCGAUCUGCUCGCUCUUACCAUGCUCAAGCCCCCUGGAGACUUUGGCGCUGACAUUGCCAUUGGUAACUCUCAGCGAUUCGGUGUUCCUCUGGGCUACGGUGGUCCCCACGCUGCCUUCUUUGCCACAUCUGAGAAGUACAAGCGCAAGAUCCCCGGUCGUCUCGUUGGUGUUUCCAAGGAUCGUCUCGGAAAGCCUGCUCUUCGUCUUGCUCUCCAGACUCGUGAGCAGCACAUUCGACGUGAAAAGGCUACCAGCAACAUCUGCACUGCCCAGGCUCUUCUCGCCAACAUGUCUGCUUUCUACGCUGUCUAUCACGGUCCCAAGGGUCUCAAGACUAUCGCUGAGGAUAUCUGGAGCAAGACCCGUCUCGCUCAGAGCCUCAUCCUUGAGAAGGGCGAGUUCAAGCUCCACACUGAGGGUCUCCGCGAGGAUGGCUCUGUUCUUUUCGACACUGUCACUCUCAAGGGCUCUCCUGAGGCUAUUGCCAAGGUCCACGAGAAGGCUGAUUCUCAGAGCAUCAACCUCCGCCGCGUCGCCGAUGACAAGGUUGGCUUCUCUCUCCACGAGGGUGUCACCCUUGAGAGCCUCGGCAACCUUGUCAAGAUCUUUGGCGUUUCCGAGUCUGACUUUAACGCCGCUCUCGAGUCAGACAAGGCCAAGUUCCUCAACGAUGAGAUCCCCGCUUCUCUCCAGCGAAAAUCUGCCUAUCUCGAGCAGCCUGUCUUCAACCAGUACCACACCGAGACCGAGCUUCUUCGAUACAUCUACCACCUCCAGUCUAAGGAUGUCUCUCUCGUACACUCCAUGAUCCCUCUGGGCUCUUGCACCAUGAAGCUCAACGCCACCACCGAGAUGCUCCCCGUUUCCGACCCCGGUAUCAACAACAUCCACCCCUUCGCCCCUGUCGAGCAGGCUUCCGGUUACCAGGCCCUUAUCAGCUCCCUCGCCAAGAACUUGUCCGAGAUCACUGGUAUGGACGCUACAACUCUGCAGCCCAACUCUGGUGCUCAGGGUGAGUUUGCCGGUCUUCGCUGCAUAAAGGCCUACCACGAGGCUCGCUCUGGCGAGAAGCGAAAGGUUUGCCUGAUCCCCGUUUCUGCCCACGGUACCAACCCUGCCUCGGCCGCUAUGGCUGGCAUGAAGGUCGUCACCGUCAAGUGUGACGGCAAGACUGGUAACCUGGACAUUGAGGAUCUCAAGGCCAAGUGUGUCAAGCACGCUGAUGAGCUCGCUGCUAUCAUGGUUACCUACCCCUCCACCUUUGGUGUCUUUGAGCCCGAGAUUAAGCAAGUCUGCGAUCUUGUUCACGAGCACGGUGGUCUCGUCUACAUGGACGGUGCCAACAUGAACGCCCAGAUCGGUCUUUGCUCUCCUGGUGAUAUCGGCGCUGAUGUCUGCCAUCUUAACCUCCACAAGACCUUCUGUAUUCCCCACGGUGGUGGUGGCCCUGGUGUCGGUCCUAUUGCCGUCAAGAAGCACCUCGCUCCUUACCUGCCUGGUCACCCUGAGAUCGACCCUCAGCGCAUUGGUGCCGAGCGUGAUAGCACCGCUGUUGCUCCCAUCAGUGCCGCUCCUUGGGGUAGCGCUUCCAUUCUUCCCAUCAGCCACACUUAUAUCCUCAUGAUGGGUGGUGAUGGUCUUACCAAGCAAACUGGUACCGCUCUCCUCAACGCCAACUACAUCAUGUCCCGCCUCCUCCCCCACUACAAGGUCGUCUACACCAACGCCCAGGGCCGAUGCGCUCACGAGUUCAUCCUGGACGUCCGACCCUUCAAGGACACAGCCGGUGUUGAGGUUGCCGACAUUGCCAAACGAUUGGCCGAUUACGGUUUCCACUCUCCUACCAUGAGUUUCCCCGUCUCAGGAACCCUCAUGAUCGAGCCCACCGAGUCUGAAUCUCGAGCUGAGCUUGACCGCUUCUGCGACGCCCUCAUCCAGAUCCGCAAGGAGAUCGCCGACAUCGAGUCUGGCAAGGUUCCCCGCAAGAACAACAUCCUCACCAACGCCCCUCAUCCCCAAGAAGACCUCCUCUCCUCCGAGUGGGACCGCCCCUACACCCGUGAGGAGGCAGCCUACCCUCUCCCCUGGCUCCGGGAGAAGAAGAUGUGGCCCUCUGUCGGCCGAGUGGAUGAUGCUUACGGUGACACCAACCUGUUCUGCACAUGCCCUCCUGUCGAGGGAUCUGAGGACUUGUAAAUGGUGAAAAGGAAAUAAUGGAUUUUACGUCAUAUUAGCGGUUGGUUUUUUUAAUAGGGUUUGAGCGAAAGGGGGGAAAUAGAUAUCAUAUUCAACCAUGAUGUGCAUUUGGAAUGGUUUGUUGGGAAGCUAUUCAACUAUGGCGAACUGAUCUCUGUAUUGGCGGAGUUUGUGCGAGAUAUGAUAAAUGGAUUUUCUAGAGAAAAAGUCAUAUAACUACUAGACUAAAUUUACGAGUUGAAAUAUUUGAGAAACCCUUCCUGUUAUUAAAGUGAUAAAA